AAUUAAGGGUGGCUAUGGAUAAUGAUCUUGAUGACGUAGUUACAGAAAUAGGAAUGGAGCCCACAUUGACGAAGAACAUCUCUCGUCACGUGAUUCCUUCUCCGUUGGGCCGACAAUCAUCAGUUUACUCUCUCACAAUUGACGAAUUUCAGCAAGCUGUAUGCGAGAGCGGCAAGAAUUUUGGAUCAAUGAACAUGGAUGAAUUCAUCAACAGCAUAUGGUCUGCAGAAGAACAAGCCCAAUCACACCCCGCUCCAGCCGCCGGCGGUGGCGGCGGCCUCCACCCACAAGUCAUGAUCGGAGAUGGUUCUUCGUCGUCGGACAAACCCUCUGUUCCAAAACAAGGUACAAUCACCAUCCCAACACCACUUUGCCGGAAGACCGUAGAAGAAGUCUGGUCGGAGAUUCAGAAAACACACCAAGGUGAUAGUCAUAUCAAAAAUUCAUCUUCUGCCGAAAAACAACUCACGUUUGGGGAGAUGACGUUAGAGGGUUUCUUAAUUAAAGCAGGGGUAGUUCGUGAACAAUAUCAACCAUCGUCUCAACUGAUUCAAGACCCAUUAUUAAACUGGUAUCAGAACAAUAACAGUAGUUCUGUAAUGGGUACAUGCCCAACCCCAACCUACGUGAGUAAGCCCACGGCAAGUACUAUAGUUGGGAUCGCGAAUAUCCCAACUUAUGAAAACUUGCAACGUGGAAACGGGAAGAAUGGUGGCGUCGGAGGUUACCCGGCGGUAGUCACUGCACCGGUUUACAAUACAAGUGGAUUGGGGAUUGUGUCACCUGUACCCGUACCCGUAAGCCCAGUUUCGUCCGAUGGGAUGUAUGGAAACGAGUCUAACCAGUAUGGUAUGGAGAUUGGGGUACUAAGAGGAGGACAGAAAAGGAACAUGGAUAGGCCGGGGGAGAGGGUGGUGGAGAGGCGGCAACGGCGGAUGAUCAAGAACAGAGAGUCCGCAGCUAGGUCAAGAGCUAGAAAACAGGCAUACACUGUGGAGCUAGAGGCAGAGUUAAACAUUUUAAAAGAAGAGAAUACUCAACUCAAACAAGCCUUAGUAGGUCUGAAGAAUAUGGUAAUUUAGA